CCGGCUAAGCCUCAUCCCAUUCAUCAUGUUCAAGCUCACGGCUCUUUUCUCUAUCCUAACUCUCGCGAGAUCUGCUGCUGCACAAUCCAGUCUUUAUGUCUGGAACAACUGCGGAGACACUAUUUGGGCUCACGAAGUGUAUGCAGGGUAUUCCCAGGUGUACACGAUCGGCCCUCAGAACGGCGCCUUUCUGAGCGUACCUCCGGACAACAAUGGUGUUGCCGUCAACUUCUACACAGGCUGUACCGAUAAUUCCGCAACGAGCUGUACGACUGGUGGAGUGAACAGUAACAGUGGACAAACCCCUUUCAUCCGUGGCGAAGUCACAUACGUCGGCAACACCGCGAACUACGAUAUCAGUCCUCUCUACGGCUACAAUCGCGCUUUGAAGAUUAACACCGACGACGCCAACUGUCCCGGAAUGCAAUGCAACAUCAACUCUGGGUGCCCUGUCCCUGGUCCUGACGGCUCUUGCUAUGCGCCAUGCUGCUCCAGCGCCUCUGGUUGUUUGGGCACUGAGAACUGCCCUUACGAUCCCAUAUACAACAUCAACUUCGGUGGCCCGGGAGUGAACAGCGACUGGUACCAUAAUGCAUGCCCCAAUGCUUAUGCUUUCCCCGACGACGACUGCUCCAACUACGGCCACUCUCCCGAUGCUGGGUGUGGUGACAGUAACAGGGUCACGAUGACUCUCUGCCCCACCGGCAGCAGCAGCAACAUCGACCUUUGUUGAACCUCCUCGAUGGAAUUUCUCCGAUCUUCGAUAAGCUCAUUAGGUCUUUCUCUGUUAGGGCGGUCUACAUGAAAUGAAAUGAUAUUCGGUGGUGUAUUUGUGUAUUGCAUUUCCAAUCAUGUGCUAUGAUAAUGCUUGUAUGUGUAUUAUGUUGUGUAAGCAGUAAUAUCGAGUGAACGUGAGCGAAGUACGGUCAGUGUUGAUAAGUAUGUAAGUAUGCAAGGUGCUGUAGCGCAAGUAUGGUGAUUAGUCUAACGUCAAUCAGAUGUGCAGUGCGUAUGGAUGAGUAAAUGUCGGAGUGUGAGUGAAUGAAGAAAGAAGAGCGAGAGCGAAAACGUAGCCAUCAAUUCACACAAUGUUCGUAAUGGGUUUAUGGACGAGCCGAACCUUGUAACGUUCACAGUCCUCCCUCGCCAUCCCCAGCGCGCUAUCUUCCGCCCGGCGUGUUACCAACACGACCUUCCUCUCUUCCUCUCCCUCGUCCACAGUAGUCGCAUCGUCCUCUUCCUCAGCCACAGUAGUCUCACCGUCCUCUUCCUCAUCCCUCAUCAAUCCCUCCCUCAAGGCAUGGCCG